AUGAUUAUACUAAUCUACCAUACAGGAAGUCCAUUCCAGGUCCCAAUUCGUGACCUGAUCGAUCCAAGCCGGGUGCGCUGCUAUGGUCCAGGACUGGAGCCGAAAGGAGCCAGGGCACAACAGCCGGCCUCCUUCACAGUGGACGCCAGUCAAGCGGGGCUUCAGCCUCUCGUGACCACCUCGGACCGGACCGGAAAGACCAUGCCAGCACUGGUGAUGCCAAGGCCAGGGCAACUGGGCGUGUCUGAUGUCACGUACACGCCAGAGGUAGAGGGUCCGCUGACCAUCGAGGUUCGCCAGGGCCUUAGUCACGUCGCUCGUUCGCCCUUCACACAACACGUUCUUCCGGCCUGUGAACCGCAUCGGGUACGAGUUACCGGCGAAGGGGUGCAUCCAUCUCGAUCCGUCGGCAUUCCGGCCUCGAUUCCCACCUCGUUUCAGGUGGACACUCGCGAGGCGGGCAUGGGCGACCUGGAGUUGUCCGUCUCGGUAAGCCUUGAUUUCGUCACUUUCCGCCCGGCUAUGCUGCUGCCUCUGCUUCAGGAGAGUUAG